AAUAUUUGGAAACAAUUGGUGGAAAAAUCUAAGAACAAAGUUAGUCAACAAGUGUAAUCUUUGUCUAAAGAAUUAUCAAGUGAACAUGUCAAUGCAAGGUUGAGACCUCUUUUAUAUAACUAGGGCAUCUUGAAUGGUGAUUAGUGUGGAGGAGAGGUUCAUGUAAUUGGAUCUUGAGACUUCUUUCAAACAUUGAUCGAGUUAUUUUAUUAACUUUUCAAAGUAGAUAAUCACUAUUAAUGGUUCUGAUGACUUUUAUCUCAUUUUAGAGGAGUGAAAUCCCAUGUACUUACAUUAAUGUGGGGGGAGCGGAUCAUGCAAUUACAAUUAAUUGGGGGAGUGGAAAUUAGGGAAACCUAGUAGUGAGGCAUGGAGAUGAAUCUAGAUGUUCUCCCUAGCUGAUGACUGACUCAGGUCAGCGUGUACUUGGUCUGCUGGCUAGAAUUUCGGUGAGAUGCUCAGAGCCUAGUAGGUCAGAUAUUCCCUAACGAUGUAAAAACAUUUCUACAAUUGAUUCUGAAGCUAAAAUCAACUAUGAGGAGAAACUUCUAUGCUGGGAAUACUGGAAAAUACAGACACCAAAUCAGUAGUCAUCACUGGCCAUUCCAUUGGAGGAGCCAUUGCCUCACUGUGCACUCUUUGGCUUCUCUGUUACCUCCAAUCCAUCUCUUCUAGUGUCUCAGUUAUGUGCUUCACUUUUGGCUCACCGUUGCUUGGAAAUGAAGCCUUUUCGAGAGCCAUUUCCAAAGAAAGAUGGGGUGGAAACUUCUGCCAUGUGGUUUCAAAGCAUGACAUAAUGCCAAGGUUGCUCUUUGCCCCUAUAACACCCCUCACUUCUCAGCUCAAUUUCCUGCUCCAGUUCUGGCACUGGUCCAUGACUUCACCAGCAUCUGGGAAGCUCGCAGUUCAAAUAUCGGAAAGAGAGAAAGCUGAGCUGUUCACAGCUGUAGUGGAUUACUUGGAAGCAGCAGCAACACCACAAGAUGGAGAAGCUUCUUCAGGGCCAAUUCUGUUUUACCCUUUUGGUAACUACUUUUUUGUCUCAGAAGAAGGAGCUUUGUGUGUGGAUAGUCCACCCACAAUUAUAAAGAUGCUGCAUUUGAUGCUCUCAACUAGUUCUCCAUCCUGUAGCAUUGAGGACCAUCUGAAGUAUGGAGAUUAUGUUAAUAGAGUUUCUAUGCAAAUGCUGAUUCAAAGAAACUGCAUACAGAGGAACAUUCCUGACUCAACCUAUGAGGCAGGGCUUGAAUUAGCCCUCCAGUCUUCGGGCAUAGCAAACCAGGAAACCACUAUCGUACCUGCCAAGGAGUGUCUAAAGACAGCAAGGAGAAGAGGUCCUUCACCAGCUCUCAAUGCUGCAAGCCUAGCAGUUACCUUCUCCAAGGUUGUACCUUACAGAGCACAAAUUGAAUGGUACAAAAUUUGGUGUGAUGAGCAAGAUGAACAAAUGGGGUAUUAUGAUUCCUUCAAAAGCAGAGGCUCCUGCAAAAGAGAAAUGAAAGUCAACAGCAACCGCCACAAACUCGCCCGGUUCUGGAACAAUGUGAUUGACAUGUUGGAAAGGAAUGAACUCCCCCAUGAUUUUGACAAGAGAGCCAAGUGGGUCAAUGCUUCACAGUUCUACAAACUGUUGGUUGAGCCAUUAGACAUUGCUGAGUAUUAUGGAAAAGGGGUGCACAGAAUCAAAGGACACUACAUGGAGCAUGGUAGGGAGAGGAGAUAUGAGAUUUUUGAUAGAUGGUGGAAGGAUAGAAUGGUCACUACUGGUGAAGAAAACAAGGAGAGGAGCAAGUUUGCAAGUUCUACUCAAGAUUCAUGCUUUUGGGCCAGGGUGGAAGAAGCAAGGGACUGGUUGAAUGGUGUUAGGAGUGAGAGAGACACUAACAAGUUGGCUAUGUUGUGGGAUAAAAUUGAGGAAUUUGAGAAGUAUGCCAUGAAGUUAGUUGAAAAUAAGGAGGUGUCCAAUGAUGUUCUUGCUAAGAACUCAAGUUACAGUACAUGGGUGGAGGAUUUAAGAGAGCUGAAACGGUUGAGAGCAAAUGUGCAGAGGUUUCCUCAUCAAUAUACCCGUUUUCUGGAUGGGGAAGUGGUUCCUUAGCACAUAAUUUGCAAUAAGCUUAAUAGCAGAUCAGUUUCUUUUGUAAAAUUCAGAAGCUACUAAGUCAUAGAAGAUUAUCCUUAGAAUUGGUAUGGUUUCAGAGGCAAUUGUAGAAGGAUUUCCGAACAUGCACUAUAUUAUUGUAAGCAUGUUAUGUAUAAACACUGCUCCUUCUGCAUAAUAACUAGUUUUGCUUAUGACUUUUCA